CUAAUGGAAAUAACACACACCACCCUCAGUCGGCUCGCAACAAUAAGGACCCGGACCUUUAAAAAAAUUCUAAUGUGGCCUCAGAAUGAGGAAGAAAAAUUGAAGCCACGUUCAAAGAGGAAGAGAACUUUUGCAAGAACAAGUGUUGGCACAGCACUUCUGAUCAUUACCUUAUUGCAAAAUACAUCAAUCACAAGCUUACAAGAAACACUAUUUCAGCAUGCCAAUCACUUUUGCAGGUAUGAGUACUAUAAAAGUGAGCUCAGACACAUGCUGCCGAACAGUGAGCUGCUUUCUUAAGGAAGACUGAGCUGAAACUGUACCCAACAUGGGCCGAGUAUUCAUUUUGGCAUGUUUUGCCAUCUUGCUGGUGUUUCACUGCAGCUCUGCUUUCGAACUGGUUUGCUAUUUCACCAACUGGGCUCAGUACAGACCAGACAAAGGGCAAUUCUUCCCUAAGAACAUUGAUCCCAAACUUUGCACUCAUCUUGUUUAUGCAUUUGCUGGAAUGGAUAACAACAAGAUCACAACAGUGGAGUGGAAUGAUGAGACGCUCUACAAAGAGUUCAAUGCUCUCAAACAAAUGAAUCCAAAACUGAAGACACUUUUAGCUAUUGGUGGAUGGACAUUUGGCAGUGCAAAGUUCUCUACCAUGGUAUCUACUUCUCAGAAUCGUCACACAUUUAUUCAGUCUGUGGUUUCGUACCUGCGCAAGCAUGCUUUUGAUGGCCUAGACCUAGAUUGGGAAUAUCCUGGAGCCAGAGGCAGCCCUGCAAUUGAUAAACAGCGCUUCACUUCCUUGGUUCAGGAAACAAUGAAAGAAUUCCAGGCAGAAGCCCAACGAACAGGAAAGGAAAGGCUGUUGCUGACUGCUGCUGUGGCAGCUGGGAAGCAAACUGUUGACAAUGCCUAUGAAGUUGACAAGAUCUCCCAGUCUCUGGACUUCAUUAACCUCAUGUCAUACGACUUCCAUGGAGCUGCAGAAGGUGUCACAGGACAUGUCAGCCCUUUGUACCCUGACACUGACAAUGCAGUGAAAUACUGGAAGAGCCAAGGAGCACCAAGCGAAAAGCUCAUCAUGGGAAUGCCUGCCUAUGGGCGAAGCUUUACACUUUCUUCCUCACAAACUGGAGUUAAUGCACCAGCCUCAGGGCCUGGGACCCCUGGUACAUACACCAGAGAGGAUGGAUUCUUGGCCUAUUAUGAGAUCUGUACCUUUAAAAAAGGUGCCACCACGAAAGUGAUUCCAGAGCAGAAGGUUCCAUAUUCUUUCAAGGGAAACCAGUGGGUUGGGUACGAUGAUGUGGAUAGCAUUAAAACUAAGGUCAAAUAUCUGAAGGAAAACAAUCUGGGAGGUGGCAUGGUUUGGGCCAUGGAUCUAGACGACUUCAGCGGUUCUUUCUGUGACCAAGGAGCAUACCCACUUCUUAAGGCUAUGAAGUCAGAGCUUGGCUUCACAGAUUAGUCAAUGUCAUUAUACUUGCUUUCCUUGAAGUCAUCCCUCAGUCACAAGGCCUGCAGAGAACUAAAUAUUUACACAACACUCUCACUUCACUCUUGUUUCCUGUUCUAUAGCAAUGUCAAGACAGGUAGUUGCACCAAUGAUGUAAGAACAAAACAAGCAAGACAUCUGUAAAAGGGGAAGUAUCUUCUUUAAUGUGAUCUCCAAGCCUGCAUUUGGUCUUCUGCAUGUGCUAUAAUAAACUUCUUUGCCCUGAAAAA